CUAUCAAUCAAGAUGCCGUCUUCCCUGACUGCUUUGUUUUUCUGCCCGCUAACGACUUUGUGCGUUUUCUCAAAUGCAUAAAUACUGGGUAGAUUGGCUACUAGAACUAUGCACUCCCCACUUCCUAGUAGCUCAGGCUGGACCUGAAGGUUAUUAUUAUGGCAGCCCUCAUGACCACGUUGGCGACAACUGCAAAUGUCGUUACCACGACGAAGGGCGUUUACUCCCUCUUCGACCGUGCUCAUGAAUCGUCUUCCGCGAUAUCUUACAAACGAGGUAUUGACAACCUUAGCAUAGGCAUGGAGAAGCUGGACAGUGUCCGGGAAAUCAUAGACCAAUCCGAAGCAUUAGAUCUUCGCCGGACUCACGAUCGACUGCAAGUCAUUGGUCGGGAUGUCGAUGAGAAACUCACUAGUGCACGCCGCAAGGGCUUAGGUGUCAAGAAUGUAUUCCGAAAUAGGGCGAUUAAGAAGGAGGCCAGGAAGUUUGAGGCGGAGACGGUAGAGUGGUCAACGAAGGCAAAAAGAUCUUCUGCUUGUGCAAGGUCUCGACGGCUAGGACAGGGGCCUGAAGAUCAUCUGCCAUCCCCCGAGACGGAGCAGAAUGAAACCCAGCAGGUUCAGAUGCCGCCUUCGUACGCAGAAUCGUCGCACAGCGAUGAUCAUCAGUUGGAAACAGCACCACCUUCUGUUCAACAAGAGCAAGACCUUGGUUUGGCGAGCUUAUCGACAUACAAUACCGAGCAACUAGAAGCAAAUCCCUGGCAGAACCACAAGCAACAUGCUUUUUGAAGUGAAUGGUACAUUGUGCUGCGUUGAGCCUUGGAAUGACACUGGCUUGUACUGUGCAGAGUUAGGCUAGCUAUGUUGAACAACAUUCAAUGUGUCAAUUGUGUAUGAUUACUUAGCUCACAUACCCUGAUUUGGAGAUAUUAUCGGACUGUUCGCACAUUGUCUUGAGAA